AUGUAUCGUCGCCAAGGAAUUGCACCUGAGCCAGGGCCCUCCAAUAAUGAGGCAACUACUUCCACCAAAGUGAAAGUGGUGACUUGCCUGAAGAGACUACAUCACACGAAUCAAUAUGAACUUGACUCUGUGUCUGUUGCUGUCCCCAAGCCUGCCCCUCUGCCAGAUCCAUUUCCAAAAUACAGGGCGGAUGCGAGAGCCGUUGUACAAGAGUUUGAAGACUUUCUUAAAGGCAGGACACCGCAUGACUAUAAUUAUGCGGAGAUUGUCACCAAGGCAUUACAAUCCGACAGUUCCAGCGAGCGGCAGCAAAAAUUGGCCUGCACUGGAGAGCCCAUUGGAUGUUUAGUUCAUUGGCUGGAGGAUAUUUGGCAUGUAGCUAUUGAUGGUCCUGAGAAGUUGAGGCUUGCGUAUGGCAAAAAUAGGUUGAAAUGGCAGCAGGAUUCUAUUGACGUAGCUACAACAAUCUAA